ACAAGACAGAAUAGCAGAGUGUGUCAGAGAAAGCAGAGAUUUGACAGCAGAGUGCACAUCAGCUCCAGAUCUCAACAUGAGAAUCGUUGCUCUUGCCCCUUUAAUUCUGGGGUUUUACAUCUUGGGAGGCUUGUGUGCUCCAAUGAAGACAGUGUUUGUGAACUUCCCUGGGGAUGUGCUGAAGAACCUCACCGAGGAAGACCUUGUCAAUGACUAUCUGGAGCGAUAUGGUUACUUGAAUAGUAAAGCACGCAAUACAAAGCAGAUGUCUCUAUCCAAAGCUUUAACAAAAAUGCAGCGGUACCUAGGCCUGGAGGAAACUGGUCAAUUGGACGAGGAAACUCUGAAUGUCAUGAAACAGCCACGUUGUGGAGUUCCUGAUGUUCAGAACUACCAGACUUUCAGUGGUGACUUGAAGUGGGACCAUAAUGACAUCACAUACAGGAUUCUUAAUUAUUCUCCUGACAUGGACUCUUCCAUUAUUGAUGAUGCUUUUGCCCGGGCUUUUAAAGUGUGGAGCGAUGUCACCCCACUGACAUUUACCCGAUUGUAUCAGGGUGAGGCAGAUAUCAUGGUAUCCUUUGGAAAGAAAGAUCAUGGAGAUCCUUAUCCUUUUGAUGGAAAAGAUGGACUGCUGGCACAUGCUUACCCACCAGGAGAGGGCAUUCAGGGAGACGCUCAUUUUGAUGAUGAUGAGUUCUGGACGUUGGGCAAAGGAGCAGUUGUGAAGACAUAUUACGGAAAUGCAGAAGGAGCAAUGUGCCAUUUCCCCUAUACUUUCAAUGGAAAGUCUUACUCCACCUGUACCACUGAAGGCCGUGAUGACCAACUGCCAUGGUGCGCCACUACUGCAGACUUUGACAAAGACAAGAAAUAUGGCUUUUGUCCUAGCGAGCUUCUGUACACCUAUGGUGGAAACAGCAAUGGAGACAAGUGUGUCUUCCCUUUUGUGUUCCUGGGAGAAACAUAUAACAAAUGCACCACAGAAGGGCGAACAGAUGGAUAUCGCUGGUGUGCAACAACAAGCAAUUUUGACAAGGAUAUGAAGUAUGGCUUCUGUCCCAAUCAAGACACAGCUGUGAUUGGUGGAAACUCUGAAGGGGAACCAUGUGAGUUUCCUUUCACCUUCCUAGGGAAAAAGUAUAACUCUUGUACCAGUGAAGGUCGUUCAGAUCAGAAGCUGUGGUGUGCCACCACCGGUAACUAUGACAAGGACCAGAAAUGGGGAUUCUGUCCAGAUCAAGGAUACAGCCUGUUCCUGGUUGCAGCCCAUGAAUUUGGUCAUGCUUUAGGUCUAGACCACUCCAACAUCCAUGAUGCCCUUAUGUACCCUAUGUAUGUUUACUUGGAGGACUUUAAACUGGACAAAGACGAUAUUGAUGGGAUUCAGUACCUCUAUGGUCCCAAGCCUGGUCCUGGGCCCACACCUCCACAGCCCAGCAAAACUACUUCCAGCACCAGCACUACAAUUACCACUCCUAACCCCAGAACUCCCAAGACACCAGACACUCCAACUGCCUCCCCAUCCACACCUGAGACUACCACCCAAUCCAUUGAUCCAUCUUUGAAUCCCUGUCAGAUUCCCAUUUUUGACACCAUGUCUGAGAUCAUGGGAGAGCUGCAUCUUUUCAAAGACGGACUCUACUGGAAGCUGAAGGCGAAGUCAAACAUUAAGGGCCCAUAUAGGAUUCAAGAAACUUGGCCUGCUCUGCCUAAUGUGAUUGACACUGCAUUUGAAGAUCUGCUGACCAAAAAAAUGUACUUUUUCUCAGGUCGGCGUUUCUGGGUUUACCAUGGAGAUCAAGUUCUAGGGCCACGCGGCAUUGAAAAAUUAGGUCUGGGCAACGAUGUGGAAAAGAUUGAAGGUGCCAUCCAAAGAGGAAAAGGCAAAGUUCUGCUUUUCAGUGGUGGAAAGUACUGGAGGAUGGACACAAAAACUCAGCUCACUGAUAAAGGUUACCCCCGUGACAUUGACGAUAUGUUUGGUGGGGUGCCACUGGAUGCCCAUGACAUCUUCCUCUACAAUGGAAGCUAUUAUUUCUGUCAGCAAUCUUACUACUGGAGGAUGAACAACCGCCUUCAAGUGGACAGAGUUGGAUACAUCAAGUAUGACAUCCUCAAUUGCCCAAAUCCCUCUCGCAAGUAGUGAUUUCUCGACCCUGAAGAACUCUGAAGAUGUUAGGAUAUGGGUGGAGCAGACAGGGGUAGAGAAGAAAUUUGCUCUUUUGAGGAAGAAAGAUGUUCCUUUGGUGUACUUAAUUUAAUGUUUUUGCCUUGGUUUGAUCCUGGAGGAAGCAGGUGAUUUAUGCCACUCUGGGACAAGGGGGAGACAGUGGUGCAUUUGCAAUGGAGUGUUUUCACAUUUUCCAAUUUCAAGUCUGGCAGUAUCAUAAAAAAACACAGUAGGAACCAGGCUGUCAGCCAAAGGAUUUGUCCACACCAGAAUAAAUUUUUCAAAUUUUCGACACUGGCCUCAUUUGAAUCUUUGUCAGUAUAUAUCAAUUCCAAACAAGUCUCGAGGGCCUUCCCCUCUGGCCAUACUUUCCACUAGAAUGAGGCCAACACACAGAACCAAAUGUUUUUUGAAAAAGACCCUUUGCCAGGUAGCACUCCUCCACAAAAGUAUAAUUUAUCUUGCUACAGCACACUUGACUUUCCAAAACUUUUCUGCACUUUACUAAGUCUCCAACAUUGGAGUCACUUUGUUCUUACCUAAGUUUCCUGUGCCUUGUGACAGAACUGAACUGAGUACUGUCAAACUAUCUUGUCAGGCUAUAAGCACCCAAUCUAAAUUGUGUAGCAGUAGUGAUGGCUAAUCAUUUAGCCUCUCUAUUUAACCAAGAGCUGUAUAACUAUGGCUUCUCAAGCACAUACUUGAGUUAAAUACAUGGUAAUCUUUUCUGGAACUUCUGUGGAUGGCUCACAUUCUACCACACUCCUUUGAUGCAUGAUUUGUAAUCUAAUAAAAAAUGAUUUUACUAAGAAAUUAA